GUAUAAACUAAAGUAAUAGAGAAAUUGUUGCUCGAGACUUCAUAUUUUGGUUUUGCGUGCGGCUUGUAAUUAAUUAACUAAAAACAUGGGCGAUGUGGAUAAAUGGCUGGCGCAGACCUCAGAGUGCAAAUACUUGCCGGAGCACGAGCUAAAGAAACUAUGCGGUGUGGUAUGCGAGCUGCUGCUGGAGGAGAGCAAUGUGCAGCCCGUGAGCUCGCCCGUGACUGUUUGCGGGGACAUACACGGGCAGUACUAUGAUCUGCAGGAGCUGUUCAAGACGGGCGGGGAGGUGCCGCAUACGAAUUACAUAUUCAUGGGUGACUUUGUGGAUCGCGGCUAUUAUAGCUUGGAAACAUUUACGCGUCUGCUGGCGCUAAAGGCGCGUUAUCCGCAUCGCAUGACGCUGCUGCGUGGCAAUCAUGAGACGCGUCAGAUAACCAAGGUCUAUGGCUUCUUUGACGAGUGUUUUGCCAAAUAUGGCAACAGCAAUGGCUGGAAGUAUUGCUGCCAGGUCUUUGAUUUGCUUACAGUGGCGGCCAUUAUAGAUGAGCAGGUGCUUUGCGUGCAUGGCGGACUCAGUCCGGACAUCGUUACGCUCGAUCAAAUGCGCACUAUCGAGCGCAAUGGCGAAAUUCCGUUCAAGGGCGCACUUUGUGAUCUGGUGUGGUCCGAUCCGGAGGACAUCGAGUCGUGGGAUUCAAGUCCACGCGGCGCUGGCUGGUUGUUUGGUCACAAAGUCGCCGAGGACUUUAUGCGCAUCAAUAGCCUGCAGCUCAUCUGCCGCGCCCAUCAGCUGGUCGAGGAGGGCAUCAAGUACAUGUUUGCCGGCAAACUGGUGACCGUUUGGUCGGCGCCCAAUUAUUGCUACCGCUGCGGCAAUGUGGCAGCUAUACUCAGUUUUAAUAACGCUCAGCAGCGUUUGACUAAAAUCUUUACGGCCGUGCCGGACUCGGCGCGUGUGAUUCCAACUCGCAAUGCUACGCCGUAUUUUCUGUAGUGAGCGCUUCACACUCCUGAUGUGUAUACAAUAAAAAUAUUCAUAGCAUUGUUACAAUUCAA